AUGGCACAACAGGGCUACGGCCUUGGCUCCGGUCCCUCUCGUGCCGGCCAGUACGAUGACAGAGGGACAGGCCAGAGCCGUUCUGACUACGAUGGUGUCGCGGUCGCAGCACCGCAGCCCGAAGCUUUCGGACGGUCUCAAACAUAUGCCGAUGGGUCGCCACUUUUCUCGACGGCAUCGUACGAUCAGACAGCGGUAGGUGGAAACACGUCGUCUCCGCUCAACAUACCCAAUCAGCAUCCGAAUAACGGCUCCUAUGGAUUUGCGGGCGGCAACACCACGCUCCCUCACCAUCAGACGCACUACGCGCCGUAUUCGCACGCCUCACCGCAUCUCGGUCACUCGCCGCACCUCGGUCACUCUUCGCAGACGUACCCUCACCACCAUCACCAUCAGCAGCACCAACAUCAGCAGCAUCAGCCGCCGCCGCCGCCGCAGCAACAGCAACAGGGCGCUCAGCACCAUCAGCUGGGCAUGCCGAUACCGGGCGAUCUGACCAAUACGCAGCCUCUGGGCAUGCACAUGGGCCCAUCAGCUUACGGGCUGCAUCACCAUCCGACGGGUCACGCGCCGGUCUCGCUCGAUGCGCAGCGCAAAUCGCAGACUCGAGCCGAGACCGAAGAACCACACACGCCACGACCUCCCAACGCCUGGAUCCUAUACCGGUCGCAGAAGUUCCGCGAGAUUCAACAAACGCGCGACUCGCAAUCGCGCUCCGGUGCGGCCGAGAAGCCCAAAUCCCAGGCCGAGAUCUCGCGCAUCAUCUCGCACAUGUGGCAGAACGAAUCGGUGACGGUCAAGCAGGAAUUUGAGGCGUUGGCGGACGAAAAGAAGCUGGCGCACCAACGCAUGUAUCCCUCCUACCGAUAUCGACCCAAGAAGAAGGGCAAGUCCAAGUCGAGCACUUCGGCGGCGCAGAGUAGCAGUGCGAGACAGCAGUCGUCGGAGAGCCACGAGCUCAAGAAGCGCGUCUACGGCGGAUUCUGUGGGGGCCAGCAGGAGCACGAUGGUGCCGAGGGCAGCUCGUCGUCUUCGUUCGAUCGAAAGGGAGGCGAGCCGCAACGCAUGGUGGCCAGUCAGGGAAUGCCUAGCUUCCACGACCCGGCGGGACGCGAUCGCAAGCCCAACUUCGGCGGCGAUCGAAGGGAGGUGGCGACCAACAACUACGGACGGUCUGCGCUCGGCAACAUGGCUUCGAACGACCACCUGUUUUCGUACACGAGCUCGCGCAUGCAUCCGUACGGCGAGCGGCCGGGUUCGCGCACGACCGAGGUGUUUGGCGAAGCUUCGUCGGCGUCGCACGCGUACGCGGGCAGUCACUGGCCGGACUCGGAUGCGCUCAGCGGGUCCUCCGGCAGUGCGUACGGGGACAAUGCGCGCAGUGGAGCGGGCUAUGCUGGUCUCGGCCCUGCUAGGCUCGGCUCGACCUCGCUGUUGGGCUCGAACCCCAUGGGCGGCGCGUCGCUGUUGGCGGUUCCCUCGCCUCAACGCCCCUCCGUUCCCUCCCAACACCUCCACCAUUCCAUCGACCACCUCGACUCGAGCGGCCUCAACCUCAACGAGCUCGCGAACGCAGGGGGCAGCUUCCGCCCCAAUCCGCUGACCAACCAUCCCCCACCGCCGCCGCUUCCCUCCCGAUUCAACCCAUCCAGCUUCGGCGAGUCGAGGUCCGACCCCAACGCCGCCAGCGGUCUGGCUGUCAACACGGGCAGCGAUGGUCUGCCAGACUCGUUCGACCCGCAUCGCCGCCUCCAGAUGCCCUAA